AUGGAGAGUGAUGAGUCAAGUUUGUGUGGUGAUUCAAACAGUGAAUCAAAUUAUUUAGAUGAAGUACCACAAACAUACAUGAACCCAGGGCAGCAAAAUACUGACCAAAGAACUGACGGAGGAACUGUACAAGAAACUGACCAAGGAAAAAAACUAUUUUCUUGGAGAAAAAAACCUUUUGAAACCCCUGAGUGCACAUUCAAAGGCCAAAGUGUCACACCUCCAGAUGAUCUUUUCACUCCCCUGGAGUAUUUCAGAAAGUCCAUAACACCAGAAAUGCUUGACUCACUGAAGGAGCAAACAAAUUUGUACAGUGUACAAAAAUCAGAUCACCACAACAACAUUAACACCACUGUUAAAGAACUGGAAAUACUGAUUGGCAUCUACCUGCGAAUGGGUCUUUGCCAACUACCAGGAAAUCGUGCAUACUGGGAGAAUGACACAAGGUGUCCCAUCGUGGCUGACAACAUGUCACGUAACGGUUUUCAGACCCUUCUGACAACUCUACAUUUCACUGACAACACUGAUCAUUCAAACAGGCAAGUUGAGGAUAAGUGUUGGAAGAUCCGUCCAUGGCUAGAUAUGUUUCGCAAACAAUGCCUGGAUAUCACCCCAGAGGAAUACAACUCUGUUGAUAAACAAAUUGUGUCCUUCAGAGGGACACGCAGCCCAAUAAGGCAGUAUGUGAAGGGCAAACCCCACCCAUGGGGACUGAAAAUUUGGGCCUGCUGCUCCUCCUCAGGAAUCCUCUGUGAUUUUGUGGUUUAUGAAGAUGGCACUGGGAAAAAAACUGUACUGGGCAUGGGAAGUGACACUGAGGUCAAGCUGUGUGAAACUCUCCCAUCAAACCAAAACUACAAAGUCUUUGCAGACAAUUUUUUUUCCUCAGCACCACUGGUUCUCAAGCUUCUUGAGCGACAGAUCUACUUUGUAGGGACACUCCGUAGCAAUCGCUUGGCUGGUUGUAUGCUUGAGGAUGACAAAAGUCUUGCCAAGAGAGGCAGAGGAUCUGUUGAUGCCAGGGUGGAGAAAGGGGAAAGUAUGGUCAUUGUGAAGUGGUACGACAACAAAUCUGUUACCCUGAUCUCAUCCUACUGUGCAACUGAGCCUCAGGGCAAAGCUGACAAAGCAUUUGUGGAGGUCAACAGGUCACACAUUGUGAAGGAGUACAACACAUUCAUGGGGGGAUAG